UUAAUGACGUCAGUGACAUCUGACGUCAAAAUGGAAGCUCGGUGUUUGCUGAAACUAAAAUUAAAUUGUAAACUUGCUAGUAUACCAGUUUUCUUUUAUUAAAGUGUUCACACUAGACCGCGAGACGUUACGUAGAGUAUUGCAAAAAUGUCGCUUUGAAAUAUCAAGCCAGAAAGUGUCGAUGGACGUCGUGCUCAUACGUCGCUGCAAAAUCCAUUUCGCUGUCAAACUUUGUGUUUGCAUUCAAUAGAAGCGUGCGUUAGUCUUAAUUUUUAUCAUGACUGAUACGAAAUGUGGAUCAGAUAAUUGCAAAUAUUUUGUAUCGAGAUAGCAAGAGUGUGUUUCGAGAGUGCAUUCUUCUUUGUCACGUGAACAUGUCGAGGAAACGAAGUAGAUUUCCACCAUUUUUGAAUCAGUGUUUCGUGACGUCAGCAGUGAGCAUCAACCUGAUCGGCCAUGGCGCUGUGCUGGGCUUCGCUGCAAUCCUGCUGCCGCAGCUGCACCAGCCUCUCUCCGACAUACGCACUAACAAAAGUGCUGACUCUUGGAUUGCAUCGGUAAUCUGCCUAACCCUGCUGAUAGGCAGCUUCCUAGCGUCUCCUAUAAUGGGCCGGUUCGGGCGGAAGGCGGCUCACUACACCAUCAGUGUGACAGCACUGGCGAGCUGGUUGACCACGCUGCUGGCUAAUAGUGUCGAGGUGGUUCUAAUUGGAAGAAUCAUCGGCGGGUUAUCGUUCGGCCUGAUGCUGCCACUUCGAUCUAUCCUCAUCGGAGAGUACACCAGCCCGAAGUACAGAGGAGCUUUCCUCACCACAAUAUCUUUAACCCAAGGUUUCGGCAUAUUCUUCGUGCACCUUAUCGGAUCUCUCCUCAGCUGGAGACGAACAGCUCUAGUCUGUCUCUUUCUGCCCUUCAUCAGCCUCGUCAUGAUAUUGUUCACUCCGGAAUCACCAAGCUGGCUUGUCUCCAAAGGGAGAUACGACGAGUGCAGAGAAGUAUUUCAUUGGCUUCGAGGUGAUGAAGAGAACACAGAAUUAGAAGCCAUGAUUGGAGCGAGAACAAACUUCGAAAAGACCAGGAGGCAUCAAAAGAAAUUGGACAUCAAAGCGAUUGUUCAGAAGCCGGAGUUUUAUAAGCCAAUUAUCCUGAUGGUGCAUGUGUAUGCUAUGGGACAGCUAUCAGGAGCAGCUCUCAUUACUGCUUACGGCACUACUGUGAUGGAGCUUGUCAUGAACCCUAGUGUCAACUCUAGUGCUUGGAUGAUAGGUCUGGAUAGUCAGAGGGUCGUUGUAAAUACAUUAGCUAUUUUUGUUAUAAACUGGUUUAAGAGAAGAGUCAUGUUGUUCUCAACGGGAGUGCUUUGCGUGGCUAGUCAUACGGCGUUAGCCACUUACGUAUAUUUGAAAGGCCAGGGUGUUUUGAGCUCCGAAGCUAUUUGGAUCCCCGGUAUACUUCUAAACAUUCAGUUCUUCUCAGUUUCUAUAGGUAUGGUGCCUCUGCCUAGUGUAAUAGGUGGUGAAGUCUUUCCUCUGGAGUACAGGAGUUUAGCUGGUAGUAUUAGCCAGGCCUCUGUAGCUGGUACUAUGUUUUUAGUGCUCAAAACCUUCCCAGGUCUUGUGGAUAGUAUUGGAAUAAGUGGCACCUACUUAGUGUAUGCAGUCUUACUGACUUACUGCCUCUCUGUGAUAAUGUAUUUGAUGCCAGAAACGAAAGGGAGGACUCUACAGGAGAUUGAAGAUGGGUACACUGCAGUACCAGGAGGAGUCGUGGUUGCGGAAGAAAGUGGAUCAUUAAAGAGUAAUGGGGAGAAUGGAGUGAUAGUGUCUGCAGAAGCCAAGGCUUAAUUAAAUCUAAUUUAAGAAAUGCACUUAAUUGUAAUAAAGUUUUUUUAAGGUGA